UCAGUCAGCUGAGGGAGGAAGUCUGAUGAGUCUGACAACAGAACCAGGAAACAACAGCGGCUAAAAAUCCGACACUCGUCCCCUCGGUCUAAUCGACAGAAACCACACCUGUGUCAGCGGCACACGACCUGUAUUCGGCGUUUAGGUUGACACAGAGCGGCGACAUGGCUUCCCUUUUCAAGAAGAAGACUGUCGACGACAUAAUCAAGGAACAGUCUAAGGAGCUGCGCGGCACUCAGAGACAGAUCACCAGGGACAGAGCGGCGCUGGAGAAACAGGAGAAACAAAUGGAGGCGGAGAUCAAGAAAAUGGCAAAGAGUGGAAACCGGGAGGCGUGCAAGAUUCUCGCCAAGCAGCUGGUGCAGCUGAGGAAGCAGAAGAACAGGACGUACGCCGUCAGCUCCAAGGUCACCUCCAUGUCGACUCAGACCAAGGUCAUGAACUCCCAAAUGAAGAUGGCCGGCGCCAUGUCUUCAACGGCAAAGACGAUGCAAGCAGUGAAUAAAAAGAUGGAUCCACAGAAGACACUGAAGACCAUGCAGGACUUCCAGAAGGAGAACAUGAAGAUGGGCAUGACUGAGGACAUGAUUAACGACACGUUGGACGAGAUCUUCGAUGAGUCUGGGGACGAAGAGGAAUCUCAGGACAUUGUCAACCAGGUUCUGGAUGAGAUUGGCAUUGAGAUCACGGGAAAGAUGGUGAGAGCUCCGGCUGCAGGAAAGGCCGUCCCCAGCGCCGCCUCGUCCUCCAAACAAGCCACCAUCUCCGACGACGAGAUCGAGAGGCAGCUCCGAGCUCUGGGAGUGGACUAAGCGUCCCCUUCGUAUUAAUGCUCACUUCAUAAACCAGAGUGACAUUGAUACUGAUCGAUACAGACUCCGUUAGACACACUGGUUUUGUCUGGGCUCAGAUGCAACAAGCGCAGCGACACACACUCUUUCAAAGGCAUUCAGGCGGACAGAUGCAAACUAACACACACUUAUUCUUCUGCAGGUUGCCUUACGGAUCUAUUUAAACAGAAUAUUUAUUGCGACAUUGGAGAGGGCACAACUGGAGCUACAAUAGAUGCUUCCCCUAAAGAACCACCUACACUGCUGUUUACCACCCGUCUGUCUGUCUAAGGGCUACGAGUGUGAACGCGAUCUUAGGAACUGGCUUUUCCCUACUGGCGCUUUGGUUAAUUUUGACUUAGUCCUCUCAGCUUUUACAUGACUAGGAUGGAGGAUUCUUCUCCAGCAAGUUUUAAUCAUUAAAACACGGUAAUUAAAAAGAGCUCCAGGGUUGUCAAUAAGCAGAUGGAACAUUUCUACUCUGACUAUUAACCUGCUGUCUUUGUUCAUUUUGAAACCCUUCAGAUUCAUUUUCUCUGAAGGAAACUAUCCCUGUUAAAGAAUUCUUCUGUUCUCUACUCUGCUAUCAGAGAUAAGACGCACACAUAUUCCACCACGUAAGUGAACGGGGAGAAAAUGCAUCACCACACAACUGAGCCAGCGGAUUAAUUACCGUGUUUUAAAGACGCUACCGUAGAUCCUGGAGACAGACAUGUGCAUGAGACAUUAUAGCGAUAGCUUCAGGCUUGGUUAUUUACUUGCAUGGGAUGGUGAGACAGAUUGAUCUGAUGGCCAACCGACUAUCAUUUAAUUAGAACCCCAGAAGUUGUGAUGCUCUACAGACGGCGACAAAACUUAAUCAAACGCAAAUUAGGACUAAUGAAAGACGGCACGUCAAAGCGCUUUGAAUCGAUUGUCUGAUGCUACGAAGUAAUCAAAUUAGUUUUAUCGGGGCUUUUUUUUUUCCUUUUUUUUUUGGGUGCGUGAUUUACACAGUGAUUGUGGGAAAGUCCUCGUCCUGCAGUCCCUCUUCUCUUCCAGCUGCUGUGCAGUUACUCUCAUUUGUUAUUUUGAAGCUGCCUCACCCAUAAAAAUACACACGCACACACUACAGCGAGAAAAUGAUGGAAGUGUUUGUUAAAACGACACUGUGAUUUAAGACACGUCUCCUGUUCUCUGAGGCUGAAGCUUCACUUUUCUACAGUGAUUUGUUAACGUCGGGAUGUGUCGGGCUUCGUGAGACUGAGACUUUGGCCUUUUGUUUGCAUUUUAAUUCCUAUUGCCAAAAGAAAACGUAUGAUUCUUGCAUGUGUCCGACGCGGUCAACACAUAUUUCUUUGAAGUUUGACAGUUCAUUUGUUCAUCAACCUUACACCGGUCCAUUGUGAUUGUGAGCAGAAUCAAUGUUCUAACAGACUUUUUGACACCGUCUGAGUGCAGUUCCAUAGUGAGGUUUUUAAAGGUGUCCAUAUAAUCAUUUUUGUUUUCGUCUUCAUCAUUGGAAAAUGACUCCGCAAAGGGUUAUGGCUUUUAUAAGGAAUAAAGAUUCUUCAGGUACGA